CCCCGCCUGCGUCGUUUCCGCGGCGUUCUGUCAGCGCGAGGACUACAAAACCCAGAGGGUAUUUCGGCGCCCAUAGGCAUUUAAUACCAUAGCGGGCAAAAUCUGUCUUUAGUGCUGAGAUAAGCUUAGAAGGUUAGGAAAGGAUUUUUUUGGAGAGCGAGCUGCAAAGCUGCCAACCAUCGCGAGGGUCGCCUUUUCCUACCUGGCAAGGUUGUUUUUCUGCAUUUUUUCCGCAUUUUCCCGCAAAGCUGGGAGUUUUCCCAUUUUUUCCCCUGCAAAACAACAAAAAGGUCGGUUUAGUUGGAAAAACAUGAGCGAAGGUGGAAAUCAUCACUCUGCAAGUACGGACAAGGAAGAAUUUAUGAAUUUCUUCCCCCAAAUUGUCCGAGACCUGCUGGAAAACGAACUUCACGUCCCUGAAUUGUCCGAUGCCGUCAACAGGCUGAAAAGGGUGAUCGAAUAUAACGCCGUCGGCGGUAAAUACAACCGCGGAUUGACGGUGGUGGCCGCUAUCCGGGAACUUGCCAAACCGAACCAGCCCGACCCAAAGACUUUCCGCAUCGCCCUCAUUGUGGGUUGGUGCGUUGAACUGCUCCAGGCGUUUUUCCUCAUCGCCGAUGAUAUCAUGGACUCUUCGGUGACACGGCGAGGCCGACCUUGCUGGUACAGACAGGAAGGGAUCGGUUUGGACGCCGUGAACGACGCGUUUCUGAUGGAGUCCAGCGUUUACCAGCUGCUGAGGCGGCACUGCCGAGACCAGGCGUACUAUCUGAAUUUGAUGGAGCUUUUUCUUCAGUCAUCCUACCAGACCGAGCUGGGCCAAACCUUGGAUCUAUUUCAGAUCAAUCUGGAUUCCUUCACCGAAGAAAGGUACAAAGCCAUCGUGAAGCACAAAACAGCCUAUUAUUCGUUUUAUUUACCGGUGGCGGCUGCAAUGUAUAUGUCUGGCAUCGACAGCGAAGAAGAGCACGCACACGCCAAGGCCAUCCUUCUCGAGAUGGGGGAAUUUUUUCAAAUCCAGGAUGAUUUCCUCGACAAUUUUGGGGACCCCCAAGUGACGGGGAAAAUAGGGACGGAUAUUCAGGAUAACAAAUGCAGCUGGUUGGUGGUACAGAGCCUCAAACAAGCAUCUCUGGAGCAGAGAAAGAUUUUGGAGGAGAACUACGGUCAAAAGGAUCCGGAGAAAAUUAAUCGCGUGAAGGCUCUCUACGAAAAACAGGAUUUAAAAGCCGUUUAUAAAAACUACGAAGAAAACAGUUACCAACAGAUCGUGGGUUUAAUCGCCCAACACGCCGUCCGUUUGCCCGGCCAGAUUUUUCUCGAUUUAGCCAACAAACUCUACAAAAGGGAAAAAUAAUUUCUGCAGAGAAAUCUGGAUUUUAUUUUUAUUUUUUAGCUGGGACUUGAGAUAAAAGCAAAAAAAAUUUAUUUAGAACGGUUGUGGGCUCAUUUAGAAACGGGAAAAGUGGGGGGAGAAAAAAAAGAGGAAUAUUUUCCUUGGGUUACACCCUCAAUGGGAUUUUAUUUUUAUUUUUCUUUCGAUAGGGGAUGCUAUUUAGGAAGGGCGGAUAAAUUUCAUUUUUCUUCCCCAGAGGAUAAACCCAGGGAUUUAUCUUAAGGGAUGAAGGCCGCUUUUAUUUUUGAGUGGUGGGGUGGCUUAGAGAUGGAGCCUCUCGCCUCACAAUCAGGAGGCUGUGAGUUCGAUCCUAGGUAGAGGCAGAUAUUUCCCUCACACAAUGAGAAUAUAUCUGCUGAACAAAACUCGGCACUGGUGACAAGAAGGGCAUCCGGCCAGUAAAACACUCAGCUCCAUUCAGUUGCCCAGACUCCACCCCGCAAAGGUCAUUAAAAGAUGAUGUUUCAGGCUGCUUUUUUCCAUUUUUUUCAUCCUUCCCGAGCCUCCGAUGGGGCCGUUAAUCCUUGCCACCGGGGUCGGCGGUUGGGGAUGAUUGGAACUGUAGUCCAUUUAGGAAACGGACGAGUUGCUGCUUGGAUGUUAUUUGUGUUCGACGCCGGACGAGGCUCGCUAAGCUAGGAUCCGUCUUUGGGUGAUGGCGGCGAGGUCUUUUAAGGAGCUGGUUGGAAGACUGUGUAGUACCAAUAAUAAAUUAUUUUCCAGUUGGAUUUUGUGUGUUGAAAAGGGGCGACCGAGGGAAGAUUGUGGCUUUUUUUCCCUUCUUCUCUCCUUCCUUCCUUCUCUGUUCAAGCCAGAGGAAGGUAAAUCCUCGUCUUAACGACCGCAAUUUAACCCGGAGUCUCCGCGACUAAGCAAGGCAGUUCUUAAAUGAGUGGUGCCUGAUUUUAAUGACCUUUUUUGCCUCGGUUGUUAAGCGAAUCAUUGCUGUUGUUCAGUGAAUUAGGCUGUUGUUAAGUGAAUAUAAUAAUAAAGCACCUAUAACACCAAUAAUAUAACAUUGCAGUUGUUAAGUGAAUCAGCUGUUAAGUGAAUAUAAUAAUAACAAGGAAAUUUUAUGAUUGGAUAGAAAAGAGAAAUAGAUAAAGAUUUUGAUAACGAAAUAGGAGAACGUUGUAUUAAAUGUAUUGUACUUGCGGGGGGGGGGAAUAUUGAAAUAGAGAAGUGGAAAUUAUAAGGGAAGUAAUGAAAAUAGGAGGAGUAAUUUAAAAGAAGAAGUUACUGAAGAAACACCGAGAUGAAACACGGAAGGAUUGAUGUAUUAUGUGUUUGUUUGUGUAAGAAAAUAAAAUAAAUAAAUAAUAAUAAUAACCAGA